AUGCGUGGCGACUCCUUUAUCUGGUCGCUGGCGACGGCGAUUCCAUUGCUGUCCACUGCCGUCGAGUCCCUGCAGGUUGUCAAGCGAGAUAACCCAUCGGUUCUCGGAUUUGAUAUCGAGCGCUUCCAGGUUGCAAAGCCCAUCCACAGAGAUAUUAUCGCCAAAAGAGCCUCGACCAAGACCAUCAGCCAGGAUCUUGAUAACCAGAAAAAUCUAUACUUCUGCAACCUCACUCUUGGAACGCCUCCUCAGACAAUUCGAGCCCACAUCGAUACAGGCAGCAGCGAUUUAUGGGUUAACACUGCGGAAUCCCGGUUCUGCAGCUCGAGGCGUGCGCCAUGCAGCCAGGGCGGAACAUACGACUCCUCCAGUUCUAGCACCUACCAGCUCGUCAACAACGACUUUAACAUCUCGUAUGUUGACGGAUCGGGCGCCACUGGUGACUAUGUUACCGAUGUCAUAAACGUCGGAGGUAUCAAAUUGAAGGACUUCCAGUUUGCCAUUGGACACACCUCGUCCAGUCCUCUCGGUGUUUUGGGAAUUGGGUAUGAGGCUGGUGAAGCCCAGGUUACCAGGUCUGGUGAUCAGUCGUAUCCCAACCUUCCUGCUGCCCUCGUCAAGGCCGGCCACAUCCGCUCCAAUGCCUACUCGCUCUGGCUCAAUGACCUGAGUGCCAGUCGUGGCCAGAUACUUUUCGGUGGUAUCGACACUGGCAAGUUCCAGGGCAAGUUGCAGACCGUCCCAGUCCUCCAUACCAGCAGGGGUGACUAUACUUCCCUGGUUGUAGCCCUGACCGGUGUUGGUAUCCGGACUGGCUCUGACGGCAGUAUCGACACAUUUCCAUCCCAGCCAGUCGCCGUCGCCAUGGACUCUGGCAGCAGUUUGAGCUAUCUUCCUGAUGCCCUUGCAGCAAAGGUCUAUAACUCUGUCGAUGCUGUAUUUGAUCCGGCUAACAACCUUGCCUUCGUUCCUUGCUCCAUGGCCAACGACAAAAGAAAGCUCGUUUUCACCUUCUCGUCCCCACAGAUCGCCGUUGGUAUGGACGAGCUAGUGAUUGAUCUUGGACCGGACGCCAAUGGCAACGAGGCUACCUUCAGAGACGGCUCAAAGGCUUGCGUCUUCGGCAUUGCUCCUGCCGGAAGCUCUAUCUCCAUCCUUGGAGAUACUGUGCUACGCAGCGCCUAUCUUGUCUAUGAUCUCGACAACAACGAAAUCUCCAUUGCUCCAACCCGGUUCAAUUCCACUGAAACAAAUAUCUUGGAAAUUGGAACGGGCGAAAACAGCGUGCCUGAUGCUACCGGCGUGCCAAAUGCUGUCACAAGCGCCCAGGUUACCCAGGCUACUGGUCUUCCCGGAGUUGAGACUGGUGUCCCUGGCUCAAGACCGCCUAGCUCCAAGGCCGCAGGUCAAGCAAAGAGACCUGAUUUCGUCCUCGGUGUUGCUGCGGUUGGACUGGCAGGUGCUGGCAUGCUCUUUGCUGCCAUGUAA